UGUGAUUUCGGCCUAAGAUUCGACUAUGAAUUCCGGCCCAAGUAACAGUUGAUCUGUGUAUUUGAAGUUGAGCCAGUUUACUUUUUCUAUAUUUGAUAAAGUGAAAGAAGUAUUGUUAAAAGAAUGGAUAAAUGUGACUCAAGUCGAGUACGUGAUAAUUAUUAUACCUGCUUUUACUGCAAAUUUUUACUGCCAAAAGAGAAUUUUAAUUAUACGGAUCAUUUAUGUUUUUCGCGCAUGAAUUUUAAAAAGGAAACAUUGUGUGUGGAUGAAGAAAAUUGUUUAUUUAAAGGUGAAUUAAGCUCUGCUAAAAAUUCUUCAGAGACAAUGCCUGAGAAGGAGAAAUUGCUACAAGAAUUGGAAAUACAUAAUGAUUUUGAUGUAGAUGAAGAUGAUAUAGAUGAAGAUGAUGUAGGUGGAGAUGACGAAAGAGAGACGGAAGAGAGUUAUUACAAUCCACCAACAAAAAAAAAAUGUCGAAACAAGCAAGACAAACGUUGGCUGGAAGCUGACGAAAUUUUAAUUACGGCAGUUCAAAUGAGACCCUGUCUGUGGGAUCAUACAAUAAACGUAAAAAAGAGAAAUACGUUAAAUGUUAGCGAAGCAUGGCUUGACGUUUUGAAAGAACUAAAAGAUUAUAAAUUUAACUUGGAAGAUGUAAAGAAGCGUUGGAGAAACCUACGAGACUCUUUUAAUAAAUCAAGAAAGAAGAAAACCUUGUAUAUACCUAGAGGUUCAGCAGUGCCUACAACAAAUGAUAGUUUUCGACAUUACGGAAACAUGUUGUUUUUAAUAGAUAAAGUGAAGCCCAGGCCCACAAAAAGUAAUAUUUCAGAGAAAAUGUCACAUUCAUGUGGCUCUAGUGAAUCUUUUUCGAUUUCCAUUGAUGCAAAUGUUAUUACAAUUGAAAAUCCGAUGGAAGACAUUGAUAAGGAUGACUCCUUAAGUACAUCCUUAAGUACAUCUGGAAUUAAUAGUAAUGUUUCUGAAAACAGCAGCUUUAUUGAGCACACUAAACGUUCAAGGAAGAAACCUGAAGAAACCGUUGAAUUUAAAAAACAGUUAGUUAAUAAUCUAUCGGAGUGUAAUAAGUCUGCUGAUGGCAUCGAUGGAUUUUUAGUUCAUUUGGGUGACAUUCUAAAAAAAUUGCCAUACAAAGAAAGAAGAGCUCUUCAAAAAGAAAUUUUAGAUUCAGCUUACAAAGCGGAAGAAAGAGCAGGACUUAUUUAAUAACUCUUAUAAUAUGUAAUACUCGUCUAUGAUUCCGGUUGAAAAUAUUAAGAUCUUAUCUGAACUGCAGUAAUUAAAAUUUCAUUAGCUUCGA